AUGCUGUCUAGCGCCGGUUUUCGGACGCACUGUAUUGGCGCUCUCGUUACGGUAGGACGGAUACAAUCCCUCUACUAUGAUCGCUCUAUCAUCAUUGUGUGCAAACCGAUUGACAUGUUUAAAUCGCACGGCAAGCAGCCGAAGAUUACAGAAGAGACUCUGACGGACGAGUUCGCCGCAAUGCUUGUGGGAUUGGGUCAACUCACUCUGAGGCAGUGCGGCAUCCAAGAGGAAUUCUGCUAUGACAGGGCGCUCAUCGAGAAUCACAACGUGUACAUGGACAGGUGUGGCAACCCCAAGGACAAGGAGAAUUUUGACAAGACGGCGCUGUUUGUUGGGGUGAAGCUCAAGCUGAAGUCGGGUGAAGAUGAGAAAAACGUUGAGGUCACCCUUGGCCGAAUUCUUUCACGCCGGGCUGGGAUCGUCGGUCGGGAUACUUGCGUUGUCGGGGCGACAUCGGAGCAUGAUGAGUGGAAGGGUAAAGAAUUGGUUGUCAAGAUUAGUUGGCCUGCUACCAGUCUAAAAUCGGAGGCAGAGUUUGUCAUUAAAGCCAGAGAGAAGGCGCGAUCCAUGCAGCAAGGGAAAAGGCCAGACUGGGCCUUAGACCAUUUGCCCGACAUUCUCCUUUCUCAAGACUUUGACUAUGCUGCGGAUUCUACUCAGGCAAAUCUCAUAGCCUUCUUCGCAAAAGCUAUGUUCGCAGAGGAGGAAAAGUUCGAGUAUGAAAAACGCGUCUGUCGGAUUAUGGUCCAGGAGAGGCUGUAUUCUCUGGAAGAACUGCGGACGGUUCAAGAAUAUGCUCAGGUCUUUUUUGAUAUUUUCCAGAUUCACAAAUGGCUCUAUGAUCACCCAGGAAUCCUCCAUCGUGAUAUCAGUCCUGGGAAUAUCAUGUGGCGCCGCACCGUCGACGGUCAUUUACGUGGUGUCCUCAACGACUUUGACUUGUCCGCCUACCGACAUGAGACUGGCCCUUCAUUGCGUCAGCGCAUCGGAACUCUGCCGUACAUGGCGUAUGAACUUCUCGCAAAUGACGAGAAUGGACAACCACCCAUGCACCUCUAUCGACACGAUGUAGAGUCCAUCUUCUACACCAUUCUCCUCCUCUGUUGUCGUUACGAGGUUGUGGCUAAACAAGGCCCUGAUGGACACCCGAUCCUGGAACGCACACGAGUCCAUUCCCCAUUCGAUCACUGGUACGUGCUUAAUCGUGCUGGGUUGAAUGCUCAGAAAUGCGUUUUUCUCAUGGGACGUUUCCAAUCGUAUCCUGAAGUUAACAGCGGAUUGACCGACUUUCAGCCCUGGGUCAGUGGCCUUUACAGCCGGUUCAUGGCAGGACUGAUUGGUCUCAAUUUACAUACCCUGAUCCCUCAAACAGACCCCUUCGACAAUGAAACUUUGCAGAGCUGGGUUUCUUACUCCGCCAUUGUCAACAUCUGCAGCGAAUUCGCUGGUUCGGCACUCGUAGUGCACAAUGAUCAGCUCGAAGUAGAUUCCUGA